AUUUGAUGGAACAUGAGCUGCAUAUGAUUAGUUGUUAAUACACUGCCAAACCGGUCAAUAUACAUAUCUGUGAGGCAAAUAUUACGCGACGACGUAUUUCCAAGUCUUACACAAAACUGUAGCUUAUAAUAAAAGGAAAAGAGAAGAUUAAAAAACUUAGUAAAUCUAUUCGCAAUAAUUACGGAAGGCAACAGUAGUUAAAUCAAUUUCAAUAACCGCAAUGUCUUCUCUACCGAAAGUGGAUAUCGAUCAACCGCUAUAUGAUCAAAGCACUUAUCUGAAUCGGGCUAAACAUUUCUUACUACUCACUAAUCCUUUAAAUUUGUUGGCUUCCAAUGCGGAAUUGGAAAGAGCUAAACGUAUUGUACAGGAUUACCGUGCCGGUCAACCAGUCGAUGUUAAAACUAUUGAAGAGUUGUACCGUUACAAAUACAUAUACGAUUCUGCGUUUCAUCCAGAGACUGGUGAAAAAUCGAUUAUAAUUGGACGUAUGUCGGCUCAAGUACCGAUGAAUACUCUAAUAACGGGAUGUAUGCUGUCAUUUUAUAAAACAACACCGGCUGUCGUCUUUUGGCAAUGGGUGAAUCAGACAUUUAAUGCGAUAGUAAAUUAUACAAAUCGUUCUGGUGCUACUCCUAUACCUACCCAACAACUAGUAACGUCUUACGUCUUAGCUACUGGUGGUGCUUUAACAACAGCCUUAUCACUAAACAGACUAGUAAAGAAUUUACAUCCUCUAAUCGGCCGCUUUGUACCGCUGGCUGCCGUGGCCGCUGCCAAUAUGAUUAAUGUACCUAUGAUGCGUUUACAAGAGCUUAAAAAUGGUGUGGUGUUAUUGGAUGAAAAUAAUAAUGAAAUGGGUGUGUCAAAAAAAGCGGCCAUUUUUGGAAUUUCAGCAGUUGUAGCAUCUCGAAUUGCCAUGGCUACCCCCGGAAUGACUCUAACGCCAGUUUUAAUUAACAAACUGGAAGCUGGUGGUUUCUUAAAACGUUUCCCUAAAGCUAGCGCCCCCAUACAAACACUAUUUUGCGGUUUUGUACUAAUAUUUGCAACACCUUUAGGUUGCGCUUUCUUCAGUCAGCGGGCGGCCGUAGAAGUAAAAAGUUUAGAACCUGAAGUUCAGACGGCAAUCAAAGAAAAGAAUCCGGAUCUUAAAACGGUUUGGUUUAACAAAGGCUUGUAAAUCAUGAAUGAAGACAGGAGGAACAAAAAGACAAAGCGCACAUCCACUGACAAAAUACUCACUCAGCUUUAUAAAGUGAGCUUAUUAUCAAGAAACAAAUAUAUUUAGUAACAAUUUUUUUGACAAUAAUGUACUUUAAGCGCUUUCGUUAAGCAUAUAGUUAUUGAUUAGCAAUAAUUUUUGGCAAUUAGACAUAUAUUUUGCAUUUAUAUCCACAUUUAUUAUAUUAUAGAUGUGCUUGUGUAUAUAUGUAUCUUUAUGUCAAACAAAGUUACAUUAAACACAACUACCAACCAAAAAAAAAUAAUAAUAAUA